GAGUGACACGAAAUAAACGAGACUAUGAUCACAUGAUUACACGAUCCUACUUCUUCGGUUCUGCCUGAUUAUAAACCAAUGAAGUCGCUCUUUUUCCCCUCGUCAUAGUACCGAGCUACCAGAGUACUAGUCUACCACACUCUCAUAUCUCUCUCUUGAAAAUGGCGAAAACAGUUCUUAUACUCUGUGGAGAUUACAUGGAAGACUACGAGGUGAUGGUUCCAUUUCAAGCAUUGUUGGCUUACGGGAUUUCAGUGGACGCUGUAUGUCCUGGAAAGAAAGCUGGUGAUACUUGUCGAACUGCCGUUCAUCAGCUUUCUGGUCAUCAGACUUACUCAGAGUCACGGGGCCACAAUUUCACCCUCAAUGCUACGUUUAGUGAAAUCGACGCAAGCAAAUACGAUGGAUUGGUUAUCCCUGGAGGGCGAUCCCCGGAAUAUCUCGCUAUGGAUGAAUCUGUUCUAGCCUUAGUAAAAAAAUUCUCUGAUUCAGGAAAGCCAAUUGCCUCUGUUUGCCAUGGACAACUGAUCUUGGCAGCUGCAGGUAUUGGUAAAGGAAAGAGGUGCACAGCAUUUCCCGCUGUGAAGCCCACGCUACUUUCUGUAGGUUGUCAUUGGGUUGAACCACAGACAAUGUCAGCAUGUGUUGCGGAUGGUAAUCUUAUAACUGCAGCAACAUAUAUAGGGCAUCCCGAGUUUAUCCAGCUUUUCCUUAAGGCUCUAGGAGGAGCUGUAUCUGGUUCAGAUAAGCGGAUUUUGUUUCUUUGUGGGGAUUAUAUGGAAGAUUACGAGGUAAUGGUGCCAUUCCAGGCGCUACAAGCUCUUGGAUGCCAUGUUGAUGCAGUUUGCCCAAAAAAGAAAUCAGGUGAUACCUGCCCAACCGCAAUCCAUGACUUUGAAGGUGAUCAAACAUACAGUGAGAAGCCAGGUCAUGAUUUCAACCUGACAGAAACCUUUGAAGGUUUAAAUUAUUCAAGCUACGAUGCACUUGUUAUACCUGGAGGCCGAGCACCAGAGUACCUUGCAUUGGAUGAAAAAGUGCUAGUCUUGGUGAAGCACUUCAUGGAGGCAGAAAAACCUGUAGCAUCCAUCUGCCAUGGACAACAGAUUCUAUCAGCUGCAGAUGUUCUCAAGACUUACUCAGAGUCACGGGGCCACAAUUUCACCCUCAAUGCUACGUUUAGUGAAAUCGACGCAAGCAAAUACGAUGGAUUGGUUAUCCCUGGAGGGCGAUCCCCGGAAUAUCUCGCUAUGGAUGAAUCUGUUCUAGCCUUAGUAAAAAAAUUCUCUGAUUCAGGAAAGCCAAUUGCCUCUGUUUGCCAUGGACAACUGAUCUUGGCAGCUGCAGGUAUUGGUAAAGGAAAGAGGUGCACAGCAUUUCCCGCUGUGAAGCCCACGCUACUUUCUGUAGGUUGUCAUUGGGUUGAACCACAGACAAUGUCAGCAUGUGUUGCGGAUGGUAAUCUUAUAACUGCAGCAACAUAUAUAGGGCAUCCCGAGUUUAUCCAGCUUUUCCUUAAGGCUCUAGGAGGAGCUGUAUCUGGUUCAGAUAAGCGGAUUUUGUUUCUUUGUGGGGAUUAUAUGGAAGAUUACGAGGUAAUGGUGCCAUUCCAGGCGCUACAAGCUCUUGGAUGCCAUGUUGAUGCAGUUUGCCCAAAAAAGAAAUCAGGUGAUACCUGCCCAACCGCAAUCCAUGACUUUGAAGGUGAUCAAACAUACAGUGAGAAGCCAGGUCAUGAUUUCAACCUGACAGAAACCUUUGAAGGUUUAAAUUAUUCAAGCUACGAUGCACUUGUUAUACCUGGAGGCCGAGCACCAGAGUACCUUGCAUUGGAUGAAAAAGUGCUAGUCUUGGUGAAGCACUUCAUGGAGGCAGAAAAACCUGUAGCAUCCAUCUGCCAUGGACAACAGAUUCUAUCAGCUGCAGAUGUUCUCAAGACUUACUCAGAGUCACGGGGCCACAAUUUCACCCUCAAUGCUACGUUUAGUGAAAUCGACGCAAGCAAAUACGAUGGAUUGGUUAUCCCUGGAGGGCGAUCCCCGGAAUAUCUCGCUAUGGAUGAAUCUGUUCUAGCCUUAGUAAAAAAAUUCUCUGAUUCAGGAAAGCCAAUUGCCUCUGUUUGCCAUGGACAACUGAUCUUGGCAGCUGCAGGUAUUGGUAAAGGAAAGAGGUGCACAGCAUUUCCCGCUGUGAAGCCCACGCUACUUUCUGUAGGUUGUCAUUGGGUUGAACCACAGACAAUGUCAGCAUGUGUUGCGGAUGGUAAUCUUAUAACUGCAGCAACAUAUAUAGGGCAUCCCGAGUUUAUCCAGCUUUUCCUUAAGGCUCUAGGAGGAGCUGUAUCUGGUUCAGAUAAGCGGAUUUUGUUUCUUUGUGGGGAUUAUAUGGAAGAUUACGAGGUAAUGGUGCCAUUCCAGGCGCUACAAGCUCUUGGAUGCCAUGUUGAUGCAGUUUGCCCAAAAAAGAAAUCAGGUGAUACCUGCCCAACCGCAAUCCAUGACUUUGAAGGUGAUCAAACAUACAGUGAGAAGCCAGGUCAUGAUUUCAACCUGACAGAAACCUUUGAAGGUUUAAAUUAUUCAAGCUACGAUGCACUUGUUAUACCUGGAGGCCGAGCACCAGAGUACCUUGCAUUGGAUGAAAAAGUGCUAGUCUUGGUGAAGCACUUCAUGGAGGCAGAAAAACCUGUAGCAUCCAUCUGCCAUGGACAACAGAUUCUAUCAGCUGCAGAUGUUCUCAAGACUUACUCAGAGUCACGGGGCCACAAUUUCACCCUCAAUGCUACGUUUAGUGAAAUCGACGCAAGCAAAUACGAUGGAUUGGUUAUCCCUGGAGGGCGAUCCCCGGAAUAUCUCGCUAUGGAUGAAUCUGUUCUAGCCUUAGUAAAAAAAUUCUCUGAUUCAGGAAAGCCAAUUGCCUCUGUUUGCCAUGGACAACUGAUCUUGGCAGCUGCAGGUAUUGGUAAAGGAAAGAGGUGCACAGCAUUUCCCGCUGUGAAGCCCACGCUACUUUCUGUAGGUUGUCAUUGGGUUGAACCACAGACAAUGUCAGCAUGUGUUGCGGAUGGUAAUCUUAUAACUGCAGCAACAUAUAUAGGGCAUCCCGAGUUUAUCCAGCUUUUCCUUAAGGCUCUAGGAGGAGCUGUAUCUGGUUCAGAUAAGCGGAUUUUGUUUCUUUGUGGGGAUUAUAUGGAAGAUUACGAGGUAAUGGUGCCAUUCCAGGCGCUACAAGCUCUUGGAUGCCAUGUUGAUGCAGUUUGCCCAAAAAAGAAAUCAGGUGAUACCUGCCCAACCGCAAUCCAUGACUUUGAAGGUGAUCAAACAUACAGUGAGAAGCCAGGUCAUGAUUUCAACCUGACAGAAACCUUUGAAGGUUUAAAUUAUUCAAGCUACGAUGCACUUGUUAUACCUGGAGGCCGAGCACCAGAGUACCUUGCAUUGGAUGAAAAAGUGCUAGUCUUGGUGAAGCACUUCAUGGAGGCAGAAAAACCUGUAGCAUCCAUCUGCCAUGGACAACAGAUUCUAUCAGCUGCAGAUGUUCUCAAGGGGAGGAAAUGCACGGCAUACCCUGCAGUAAAGCUCAAUGUAGUUUUGGCAGGAGCAACGUGGUUAGCACCCGAUCCAAUAGACCGCUGCUUCACUGAUGGGAAUUUGGUGACUGGAGCAGCUUGGCCUGGUCAUCCUCAGUUCAUUUCUCAGUUGAUGACAUUGCUCGGUAUCAAAGUAUCUUUCUAAAUGCUGAUAUGAAAUACAUCAAGUCUGACAUUCCCUCAUCGUCGUCCAUGUUUGUACUUUAUCUGCAGAUCAAACCCUAGACAAUUCUCACUUAUCCAUAUGUUUCUCUUCUCAAAUAAGAAUAAUGGGUUGUGUUGUUUGUUCACUAAUGAAUAAUGAUAUGUUCUUAUGAGUGACGCCUAGGGCCACCUGUUCGGUGUGAUGAAAUACACAGGACAGUGUUCUUGUUA